GGAUGUUGUGACUCGGAGCUGCGGCUGCAGGAGGCGCCGGGGAGUGAGCGGCAGAUGUGCGGCCGGGAGAGUGCGCUGUGAGCGGGGACAGGAGCCCGGGAGAGUGCGCUGUGAGCGGGGACAGGAGCCCGGGAGAGUGCGCUGUGAGCGGGGACAGGAGCCCGGGAGAGUGCGCUGUGAGCGGGGACAGGAGCCCGGGAGAGUGCGCUGUGAGCGGGGACAGGAGCCCGGGAGAGUGCGCUGUGAGCGGGGACAGGAGCCCGGGAGAGUGCGCUGUGAGCGGGGACAGGAGCCCGGGAGAGUGCGCUGUGAGCGGGGACAGGAGCGGAGGAGCCCGGGCAGGACUCAGCGGAGGAGCCGGAGCAGUGUGCGGGAUUUGUCGCUGGGUGAAAGAGAAACGGACGGAGCCAUCGCAAUGGCGACCAAAUCGCCUCCACCGUUAAUGAAAAAGCACAGCCAGACCGAUCUCGUCAGCCGGCUGAAGACGCGCAAGAUCCUUGGUGUUGGAGGGGAGGAUGAUGACGGGGAGGUGCACAGGUCUAAGAUCAGCCAGGUCCUAGGGAAUGAAAUCAAAUUUGCUGUACGGGAACCUCUGGGUCUAAGAGUAUGGCAGUUCCUCUGCGCUGUGAUGUUUACAGGAGUCGCUAUAAUGGCGCUCUCCUUCCCAGAUCAGCUGUACGAAGCGGUCUUCGAUAAAGGCGCGGUGAGCAGUAAAACCUCCACACGUCUCUAUGGCGGAGCCCUGCUCAGUAUCUCCUUAAUUAUAUGGAAUUCUAUGUCUACGUCGGAGAAGUUGAUCAUCCGAUGGACCCUGCUGACCGAGGCGUGUUAUUUCAGUGUACAGUUUGUGGUUACCAUAGUGACCAUGAUCGAGAGCGGUUCUACGACCGUCACCGCGUCCAUCCUCGUCUGCUGUUGCCUCUUAUUCGUUCUCGUCUGCAUCUACUUCUAUUACCAAAUGGGCCGCCGACCCAAGAAACAGUGAAUCUUGGACUUUUCGGUACCAGGAUGCCAUUUAUAGAUUUUUUUUUUUUUUUUCCUUCAGGAAGACUCCCGUUAUCUUCUGGGAGGAGGGAUGUUUUGGUUUUUAGGUUGUAACAUUUGGAACCAAGAACUAUUGCUAACUUGGUCUUCAGAGACUCAAGAGACUUGAUCCGCUUCCCCUCCACAUCCCACCUCCAUACGAGGAGCCGCAGUCAGGACGGAAUGAAGCACAGUGUGUACAGCACCCGACUCCUUUCCACGUUUUACCGUAUCAACCAUGCCUGUGCGUGUAUGCCCCACUUUGUAUAUUAACCCUUUAGUAGUCACUUGGCCAGUUGAAGCAUGUUUUCUAUCCCAAAGAAUGUGAAUUUUUUUUUUUUGUUCAUUUUUGUGCCCCGCACUUUUUUAGAGCUCACUCAUAAAUAUAAAUAUAAGAA